AUGGAGUCGUUGGAAUCACACUGGGCAUGGCUUCCUGAAGGUAUCCUCGAGGAAAUACUAGAUUGUAUAGUGUCAUUCUAUGACUAUGCCAGAUUCUGUGCGGUUUGCAAACACUGGUACUCUAUUGCACACCAUCGGAGACGACAUCUUAUGGAAUUGUGGAGCGUACAACUUCCCCUGUUGAUGUUCCCUUCUGCAGAUGGCUGUGAAGACCAACAAAGUUUAUACAAUGUCACAAGCGGUAAAACCUACGAUUUUAAUAUGCAUUAUAACAGGAGGUGUUGUGGAUAUUCCCAUGGAUGGUUGGCUACUCUUGGUAAGGAUUUGCUUAUAACUCUUCGAAACCCUUUCUUGAAUCAGAUUAUAACCUUACCCCCAAUUUUUCCAGUCGUCAAUUCAUCCGAGGAUGAUCCUUGGCGAGUCUAUAAAGUGGUAUUGUCUCAUAACCCUUAUCUAUAUCCUGACAAGUAUGAAGUUGUGGCGAUGUAUGAUGGCUAUUUGACUAUAUUGAAACCCGGAAGUCAAUCUUGGACUUACCUAGAUAAGGAGCCUUUCAUAUUCAAAUGCUACAAUGAUAUUAUUUAUUACAAGGAUAUGCUCCUAGUAAUAAAUGAUUAUCAACUUGUGUCAAUCAAUGCUAAUGGCAGUCGACCACAAGCGGAAAUAGUCACAUGGAACAAUAAUGAUUAUGAACGUCUUCCUGGCGAACGUUUGGCAUAUCUUGUGAAAUCGUCUGGAGGAGAUCUGUUGUAUAUUUGUAGAUAUAUAAACUGGGAUGAUGAAUUGACUCUGACUUUUAAGAUUUAUACCCUCACCAAUAAAGCUAAAACUAAUAAGUCACGUUGGCGAGAGAUUAAAAGUCUAGGUGAUGAUGCAUUAUUUUUGGGAGACAGCCACUCAUUAUGCGUUAAGGCAUCUAACUUUCCUGGUUGCAAACCAAACGUCAUAUACUUUGCUCCUCAUUCUUGGUACACUUCGUACGACACAGGACUUAAUGACAUGGGUGUUUUCGACUUGGAAGAACAGAGGAUCACACCUCAUUAUCCUUGUGAUCAAUCUCGAAGAUAUUUCCCCCCUCCUGUUUGGGUAGUACCGACACUUGGAGAUAAUGCACAAGCAUAA